UGUUUUAAUUAUGUCUUAAUUUAUUAUUUUCAUAACUUUAUAGUGGUGUGCCCUGUAGGCCAUGUCUCCUUUAAAAUAUAGAUUUUAAUGACAAGAGACUUGCUGGUUAAACAACAGUUCAGUUCUCUUCUAAACCUCCAAUUCAUUCCUAUUGGAUCACAGUACUUCUCUAAAGCUGCUAAUAUGAUAAAGAGGACAAAAGGGUCACAGCAACAGUGAAUUGUAGGGUUAAACAGUAGAAUAGUAAGUAUAUCUGCAUGUGUGUGAAACAGCAAGCCACAUCAUCAAACAGCACAUUAGGAUAAAAACAGCCAGCUGACAACUUCACCUUGUGUGAGAGUGCUGUGACAUACAGCACGGUGCCUUUCCUUCCAUAAGGUUGCUGGAUUAUUUUUUAAAGACAGAAAAGAACAACAAAUCUGCACCUUGGGUGCUAAAUUCAGUUUGCUGACUGCCUGCACUGUAGUUUGUGAGUCUUUUAAUGGCUCCCAGAAAGCUUAAUGCUGCUGAAACAGUUCUUUCAUCCAUUUUUCAAAACCCCUGCAGUGUUUAUACCAACAAAAACAUUUAGUGUGAUUGAGUUUCUUUCUGACUUUACUUUGUAAGACUUUAGUCAUGUUUACAAUGAAUUUUCAGUGCCUAGACUGGCUCUGAAUUGCCACAGAGAUCUGUUUCUUUUAUAUAAUUGUAUGGUUCAGUAAAAUAUUUCUUACUGAAUACUGACAUCAAAUAACAUCAAAAGCCACUGUUGAGAAGCAAAGUGCUGCUUUGAGUUGUGUCUCCAAUGGCAUGAAGAGAAGUCUUCUUACAAAAGAAAUUCACAUAAUUCAAUUAGCCUUUCUUUUCCUCUUGGAUUCAGGCAGUGCUGCCAUUUGGUGUAAUCAGAGCUAUCUGUCUUCCUGUCUUCCUGGCCUUAAGGCUUUUCCCUAUUAGUUUUCCUUAGUAGGGAUUGCAACUCACUGUUCUACACCAGAAGUGUAUUGGUAUUGGCUUCCAUGAUAAAUACAAAUUGGCUGUGUGUAUUCCUAGUAGAGUCUGGUAAUGUAGAAUGUUUGGCUGUCUUAUUCUAGGGUGAUGGUUCGGCCAUCACCAUUUCCCCCAUCAAUAUUCAUUUGUGUGGACGUGACUGCCGAUUAAUGCCACAACCAGACAAUCCUUAAGGGACUGUGUAAGCUCAUGUGUGGUCACAUAUGUGGAUGCGAGUGUUGAAAACAGCAGGUGUUACUGUGACCACUUGACACACUGCUGCUUAAUGUGCACCAUAAAGAAACGUGAGGGAAGCUAUUCUGCAGCUAUUCGGGUCAAGUAUCGCAGGACUGGAGGUUGAAAUAAGCGUAGAAAUGAAUUAGAGGAAUCCAUUAGGUGAAGCAUCUGUGAGAUUAAGCCAGAUCUCACAACUGGAUUUAAAGGAUUUAAAGCUGCUGAGAGAAAUGUGGUUCAUGUGCUUCACCCAUGUGCUUUGUUUUGAUGGUUGGUUGUAUUUUGAAGCACUUCUCAAAGCCCAAAAGAUUUGCUUCUCUGCCUGAGUGACUGCCCAAGCUGACCGACCAAUCUGGCAUCUGCUGCUUUGUGAUGGAUGGUUUAAAGGGGUGCUCACUCUUCCCCUCCAUCCUGUUUCACUGCGCCCCCAUGCUCUUCUUCUUUAUGCCACACAUGUUUUCCAUAUCAAAAUUUCUAUUUUAAUUUAUUUAUUUUUGCUUACAGCCAGACUCUAUACAGCAAAACCAGAUUGUAUGACACUGCAGAAAGACUUUAAUCUACUUUACAUUUAAUAUUCUGUGUAUUUUGUUCUACUCUUUCAUUAAAGCUGUGCCUUGUUCUUUUUUUAAACCGGACUUUUGGGACCCCAGCACACAAAUGCAGCAAGCUUUCUUACAAAGUAUGUGUAAUUUCUGCAAAGGCUUCUGGCAUGAUAGAUUAAAUAAAACUGAUUUAAACUGCCUUGGCUAAUUAAAUGUGUCGUCCCAGUGACAAUAUAGCUGGUAAACUGCUUUUUCAUUACGGCUCCAGGCAUGAGAAAAGCAAUGGACCAGCUGCUUUAUAGGUCUCCAUUUAGGGUCCUCCUUGAGUGUUUUGCACAGACAGAAAACGGACACAGGAAGAGGAAGACGGACGCCCUUCAGCAGCCGCGGACGUGCGCGCACCGCUGGAGGCAGUCAAGCUGCAGACCGGAGCUUUGGCACAACUCUGGCUGCUGUUAGCGGCGGAGAGGAGAGAGGAACGGGAGCUGGGUGGGCAUGACAUGUGAGCCAAGUCUGCACAGAUACACCACAUAGCCAAAGUAUGUCUGCGGAGGGGCGGGUCGAUGCUCCGAGGGUCUUGACUCAGGUGAAUGAGAACACAGCUGCAGAUUUCUCCUGUUUUUGGCUAUUUUGUUUAAUUUUCUCAUCUCAUCGCUGAGAGGAGACCGAUGAGGCAGCUGUAGACCUCCCCGUGCCCCACUUCACCCUGAUUCAGCCUGGCAAGCGUCAAGGUGCAGCAGCCAGGAGAGAGGGGACAGAGGAAGAGCCGAUGUUCAAUUAACUAUCCGACGAAACGGUGUAUAAACGGAGAAUAACGUGACAGCAUUGCUGAGUGGCCGCAGACUGACAGAAACACAAGGGAGAGGACACUAUGUCAAAGGAGACGAGAGUAAAAGGUUCGUCAAGAAAACACAGCGCCACUCAUUGGUGCCUGCAGAAUAUUGCACAAGAAUCAGUCGACAGCUCCGAUGAGGAGUUCUUUGACGCCAGAGCAGAUGUUAUGGAGGGGAAGAGCGCCAUUCUGCUGGGGAUGAGUCAGUGGAACUCAAAUGACCUGGUGGAGCAGAUCGAAACGCUGGGACACAUGGAGGACCAGUCGCACGAGGGUCUGUACCAGCUGGGAGGCCCACGCUGUGCCCCUCAGAGCAGCAUUGAAGGAGUGGACGAUACAGAGAGAAAAUGUAAGACCCAUGUGCUAAUACUUGUGGUGCAUGGGGGAAACAUCUUGGACACAGCGGGCGGAGAUCCCAGCACAAAAGCUGGCGAUGUGGCCACGUUGGCCUCGGUGCUCGACAAGGUUACACGGGCGCAUUUCCAAGCUGCUGCCGAACACGUGAUGAUCAAGCUGGUGCCAUGUCCAGCUGUAUGUGCUGAAGCCUUCUCUCUGGUGUCCAAUCUCAACCCGUACAGCUAUGAUGAGAGCUGUGUGUCCAGCAGCGUAGACCACCUGCCUCUUGCUGCCCUUCCCCUCCUCGCCAUUGUCUCUCCACGCUACCAGGAUGCUGUGGCGACCAUCAUUGACCGGGCCAACCAAGUCUAUCGCAGUUUCCUGCAGUCAGAAGACGGUCAAGGGUUCAGCGGUCAGGUUUGCCUGAUGGGCGACUGUGUGGGUGGUGUUCUGUGCUUUGACGCCUUGUGCUUCAGCAACCACCAGAGGCCUGGCAGCCCCAACAACAGCAGCAGGAACAAUAGCACUGAGAGCCUGAAGGAUAACUCAGGCCUGCUGGGGGAGUCCAGCUCGGGUUUGAGCUCUAGCAAGAGGCUGAGCAAAAGCAACAUUGACAUCUCCGCUCCCAACGAAGGCCAGGGCGGCCCACCACUCAGCCGUAAACAGAGCGACUCUUAUGAUGGAGACACCUCGUCCACUGGCCAGCACAGCUUUUUCUCCAGUUUGAUGAAGGAGGGAACGGAGGUGCGUGGCGGCAGUAGUACUAGUCUGGUGUUGAACCCAGGCAGAUUUGACUUUGAGGUAUCGGACUGCUUCCUGCUGGGCUGCCCGCUGGGCCUAGUGUUGGCCAUGAGACGCACUGUGCUGCCCGCUGUUCAGGUGAGCCAGCUUCGUCCAGCCUGCUCUCAGAUUUUCAACCUGUUUUACCCCUCGGAUCCUUCGGCUUCUAGACUGGAGCCGCUACUGCAGCCUCUCUUCCACAAGUUGCCACCAUUUGCUGUGCCACGCUACCAACGCUACCCUCUUGGAGAUGGACGUUCGGUGCUCAUAGCAGACAGUAUCCAAAGUCAUCCAAAUGUGUUUUUGGAAGGUGAGCAAACUCACGGAGGGCCGACUUCGCAGCAGUCCUCUGAGACCGACACUGAAGGAGGAGGAGAAGAGGGGGGGCGUAGAGCCAGUGUGACCAGUGUGGAAAGUGAAAUGUCGAUUUGCUCCAUGGGCCAACUUGGAAACACCAUCGCUAACAUUUCCAGUAGUUGGUGGGGCUCCAAGAGGCUGGACUAUGCUCUGUACUGCCCUGAUGUGCUGACUGCGUUUCCAACAGUGGCUCUGCCUCACCUUUUUCACGCCUCCUACUGGGAGUCCACUGACGUGGCAGCUUUUGUUCUUCGGCAGCUCAUGCGAUGUGACUGCAUAAAGGCAAAGGAAGCAGACAACUUGGACUCGGCUCCUUUCUCACCCUCUGGUCCCCGUGAGAAGUGGCUUAGAAGGAGGACACAUGUCAAACUAAGGAACGUCACAGCAAACCACAGGGUGAAUGAUGUCAUUGCCACCGAGGAUGGACCCCAGACUCUGGUUGGUCGCUUCAUGUAUGGCCCCUUGGAUAUGGUCACUCUGACUGGAGAAAAGGUGGAUAUCCUGCUCAUGACACAGCCUCAGUCGGGCCGCUGGGUGCACUUUGACACAGAGGUGACCAACAGCAGUGGCAGAGUCACAUACACAAUACCUAAGACCAAGAAGCUUGGCCUAGGAGUAUAUCCCAUUAAAAUGGUAGUCAAGGGGGAUCAGACUAGUGCAGAGGCCUACCUGACUGUGUUACCAAGGGGCAUGGAGUGUGUUGUGUUCAGCAUUGAUGGCUCUUUUGCUGCCAGUGUGUCAAUCAUGGGCAGCGACCCCAAGGUCCGUCCUGGAGCUGUCGAUGUGGUCAGGCAUUGGCAGGACUUGGGAUAUUUGAUCAUCUACAUCACAGGCCGUCCUGAUAUGCAGAAACAGCGUGUGGUGUCCUGGCUCUCGCAGCACAAUUUCCCCCACGGGAUGAUCUUUUUUUCUGAGGGCUUAGUUCAUGACCCACUGCGACAAAAGACCAUCUUCCUCAGGAACCUCAUCCAGGAGUGUCACAUUAAGAUCAACUCUGCCUAUGGCUCCAUGAAGGACAUUUCUGUUUACAACAUGCUAGGCCUCAGCCCCUCACAAAUUUAUAUUGUUGGCAGACCUUCGAAGAAGUACCAAAAUCAGUGCCAGUUCCUGAGCGAAGGUUAUGCAGCGCACCUCUCCACUCUUCAGUUUGGGCACAGAGCCAGACCUAAGAAAUCUCCUUCAGUUCGCAUGGUCUUAAGGAAAGGUUCAUUCGGUCUCUCAGCGAAGCCUGACUUUCUGUGUAAACGAACCCACCUGCGCAGGACCAUGUCAGUCCAACAACCUGACCCCCCGUGCACACCCAACCCUAAGCCUGAGCGAGCCCAGAGCCAACCAGAAUCGGAUAAGGAUCAUGGUGGUGGGGGAGGCGGAGGAGGAGGAGGGCAAGGGCAAGGACAAGGUGCUUGGGGACGAGCCUCCAUGCAUCGCGGAGAUACAACUCCCUGACAAGAGACAAGAGAUGAAAGGAUUGCUGGAGGACAGAAGAGGAGAACAAAGGGGUCUUAGUGUCCAGGGCCAAGGUGACAUCUUAUUCCAUAUUCCAGCGUCACCUCUGCCUACUCUAUGUGUACUUUGGAUCCUCCUGUUCUUUACCUCCUGCUUGGCCCUGUACACUUCGCCACCUGUUCGGUCCUUUUCCUGACCUGCUCGGUGGAAAAGGUCACUCGGUCUUCUUAAAUUUGAAACAGCUGCCAAGGACGGCAGCAAUUUUUGUCAACGUUUGUGUUAAGCUUCAGUUGUGUCUCACUGUCAAACCUAAGAAUGUAAUUAAAAGUGUUACUGUACACACAUAUUUAUGAACACACACAUGCUCCAGAGGAUGAAAAACGAUGAUUGUGGCUACCUUGAAGCUAUUAUGACCCUUUUCCAGCCUUAGCAGCUGAUUAACAGAUGCUGCACGUACCACGGUCCUAUUCAGACUGCUGUGCUGAGAGGUGGUCACGCUGAAUGACUUCUGCACUGACUCCACUGAUGUAAAUACUCAACACACAUUAUCCCAGUGUGGGCCUCUGGACACAGAAUCACUGUGACAUUUCAGUUCAAUCUCUGCAAUCCAGAGCGCCAAACACCCAACCUCUCUGAACUCCUGCCUCUGCCUCUAUUUUAUUCACACUGUUAGAUGUUUCCCCUCACGUUGUGGUUGGCUUAGUACUAGUUCAACCCCACCCCCAUCCCCCACGCCCUCCCCUUCAACCAGUCAGGCAGAACAUGCCACCUGACAGCUGCCUCAGACCUGGUCCGCAGCCGCUGAAGUACUGUGGUGUGCACGGCUCGGCCCCCGAGGUUGCAUUUGCACUACCAAGCAGUGGCUCUCGAUUUAGCUGCAGUUCGAGCUUCAGAAACAAAGAGAUGCAUUUUGGUGUAUUUGUAGUUCUUGUCACUGCUUGUUGGUUACUGUAACUACUGAACAACUGAAUAAAUAGUUCAUAGAAAAGUGUUAAUUUUACCGAAAAUGUUUUCUGAUUGAUAGACACAGCCGUGAAAAGGUGAUCAAAACAUGUUUGCCUAAAUCAUUACAGUGAAAGCAUAAUUAGAAUAGCAAGUAUUGAUUGGUAGUUGACUGGUAGUUGCAGUGCACUUUUUCAGGGUUUAAAUACCUCCACACUCUUCGCAGUCAAAUUCAGAAUUUUAACUAGUUAAAUAUUUGCUGCUUAAAUAUUUCAACAUUGCUUCUUCAUGUCACUAAAAAGUAACACGACAAAGAACAUGGAAAAAUAACUUUUAUCUCAAACGUGUUUUAUCAUUUACACUGUGUCAUUCUCACUUUGGAUAGCAUCAAACUAUACAAGACAUGCAGACUUAGUAAUCAUGGUAAUAAGUGCUAAAAGUGACAAGAUUAUAUAAAAUCUUAUGUAUAGAAGUUGUUAUAUCUGAAUAAAAAAACCUUUAAAUAUGUCCUCUUAUUUUCAAACAUUCAAACAAAAAACAUCAGUGCGUUGGUUUAACUAACUGACUUAUAAAGUCUGUAACUGCUUUGCAAGUAGAGGUCACUGCAGAACACAAAUGGGCCACAACCGCUGGCCAUCCCCCAGCUGUUAGGCAAUGUCAGAUUAGAGUUAGUUAGAGACAACAUGUGUGGCUCCAGCCAACCACAACAAAUGCUCAUGGCACAGCCACUUCAGUUGAUAAGUGCACACAUUGUGCUGUGCUGAGUCUCAUUCUUGUAUCUGAAAGUGUAAAAAUUAAACCAAGUUCUCUCUGAAAUAUUUAAUCCCAAAAUUUCAAUACAAUGUUAGCUGUGUAGCUCGCAGAAUUGUAUAAUAGACACAAUCGGUUCUACCAGGAUGCCCUUGUGUCCAUUUAUUACAGCUGCCCUGGACCCAAUAGAUUUGUGAUAAAAUCAGAUGCCGUCUUGUGCACUUGAGGUUGAAUUGAGUCUUAUUGUGGUCAUGUUUAAAAAUCUGUGCAAGUUGAACAUAUUUUUCUAUGAGCAAAUAUUGUAAAUAGAAAUAUUUUCGAUGUAUGUUUUUGAAUUUUUGGUUGUUUUACUUGUAGAAUUGUUGAUUUUUGCCUUAAACUGUAUUUGAUGUUGUGUAGGAAUACAAAAUAAUUUGUUUUGUCAAAGUAUUGAGUUUUAUUGUUACUUCAUGACAAAGUGCAUUCUAUCUAGUUGAUCAGAUACAGUAUAUAUGUGUGUGUGUGUGUGUGUGUGGAUGUGUGUAUGAGUGUGUGAGUUUAGUGGCAUUUGUUGUAUAGUUGUACUUACUGAGAACAUGAAGACAGCUAUGAUAAGUAAAUGCCUCUGCAGAGAAAAAUCAGACCAGUGUUAAUAUAUCUGCACGAUCCAACUGCAGCUCAAUACUGCCGAUUUUUCAGAAGGGAGCAUGUAUUUUUUAUAAUGCUUAGAUUAAGCAGGGCAUCAGGGGGAUACUUGGUUGAGGUUUUAAAUGCUUACCUUGAAAGUAAAAAAACCAUAUGAGCUCUUUGGGUGUCUUGUUUUAACUUAAAACCUGCAUGGAGCGGAACACGAAAGCCAGGUUGGAUCUAUUCUUGACUCCUCUGCCUUUGACGGUCCAUUAGUUGAUUAAGUGAUCACUAAUAAGUAUGUAUGAUUCCCUGUAGUUCAGCCCCGUCAUUACAGUGCACCAAUUAGCAUUAGCUGGUAACUGUAUAUUAUCUCAGAUUCAAUGCUGAAUUACUCAGUUUUGUUUUGUAUUUAAACAGUUCAUAUUAAAGCAUACCAAUCAUUCCAGUCAAUGUGCACACAGUUAUCAAAGUGAAUCAAAGUGUACAAAACAUGCGUUUUAUUUUGAUGUACAAAGAAUAUACUGAAGGAUAUACUGAAAAUCUAGUUGGAAUUUCACCACAACAGUGUUAGUAAAUGGCAAAUAAUAAUCUAAUGGUUAGAUGGUGGCUGUUCUGAGAUUGAUUGGAUGCUGUAAGCAAUAACUAUCAGUUGCCACGUUUGAGGUAACACAAGCAUGACAAUGUCAUGUAACAGCAAAGUAUUUAAUGUUAAAAGGUGGGGAAUGAUGAUUCGUGGACAUGCUGUAAUGAUACUACACAGUGAGCAAGAUCCAAAUCAGUAAAUUUAUAAUAAAUAUCUAAAGAGCGAAAAUACUCUUACCUGUAUGGUCCAUACUCUCAUCGACAGAGAAUUGUUAAUAAAGAGUGAAGUUAGUUUCCAUUUUUCCAAUAAAAUGUUAAACAGUUUUUAGUUAAUUAAAAAAAUGUUUUUGAGAAAAAACACAAAAGAGGGAGCAUCGUAUUACUAACCUCUCACUAAGUGCUAAUUAAUGCUGUCAAAUUAGUAUUCUCCAAAUUAUGUCUUGGGUACUGACCUAAUUUGCCAUUUAUUAACAAUUUGUAUGACUAUAGUCAGUUAUUCAACUUGGUGUUACAGCUUCUUUUAAAGAAAAUAGCUCUUGUUUAUUCUGAAGUCUUAGUUUUUUACAUUGCCCUCUUGACCAAAGAGGGGGAAAAACUCCUGGUUUCAGUGCUGCAACGUUUGUUGUUUUGUACAUAUCCCCUGUGAUGAUGAUGAACAUGUUAUUGUGUUUACUGGACUAAGUCCAUCUUUCAUUAGUGCAUAAAUAAAGAUAUUUCACAGUGGAAGAAUUUA